AUGAAAUUAUUUUCUACAAGAUAUGCUUCGCUAGGUAAAAGAUUAUUAACGGAAAUAAAUUCGACACCUCUAUAUGGUGACAAAACUAUUCGUAGUGAAGUGAUAGCUUCUGCUGUUUUAAUACGACCUCCAUUAUGUGCCCCACCAAUGAAUGAUAUCGAGAAAGACUAUAAUGAAAUGAAUAUUCAAAUGGAAUUUAGGGAUUCACUGAAAUCUGACUUUGAAUUAGAAAUGGAAAAAGAUGAGAUUUUAUUAAUGAAGAAAAAAAUGCUUGAGGAAGAAGGCAGAGAUCUUUCAGAGUUGAAUGAAGAAAUAGGAAUAACAGCUGUAAUGAAAGAGGAGGAAUGGUUAGAGAAAAGUAACAAAAUUAAGAAAAAACUUUUAAAAGUAGAUAAUAAUGAAAUCAAAGACAAUUACAAAAAUUUGUGCCGUUCUCCGAAUACUAAUUUAAUAUUAAGUGUUAAACAAAAAUUUGGUGAUGGUCAUGUUUCACCAUGGAUAUUUCCUCAAACUAAUAAUAUACAGCAUUGUUUGAGAAGUUCAUUGGAGACAACUAUAGAUGAAAUGUUUAAUGGGAGUAUAAAAAUAAAAAUGUUAGGGGGUGCACCAUUUUCAUAUUAUAAAUAUAAGUAUCCAAAAAUGUUACGAGAUUCAAGAGGUAUAGAUUAUGGAGAAUUUUUCUUUUUUGGAGCCAUUUUAAAUGAUCCUUCUGUAGAUAUUAGCAUCAAUAAUAAAUUGAUUGAUGAUUAUCAAUGGUUAACAAGUGAGGAAAUUGAUAAAUGUGUGUCUAAUAGUAAGAAAUAUCUUAAAAAAGCCAAAUUGUGCCUUCAUCAAUAA